AUGGAGAAGAUGCGCGAAGACGCCAACCCCUCGGUGGAGAUGGUGCGGUGGAAUCGGCACUCUAUCUAUCGAGUGCCGCAGUUUAUCAAGGACACGACCAGUAGCGAGGCUUACAGUCCGCGGUUCGUGUCACUGGGCCCCUUACACCAUGGCGAGCCCCAUCUCCUGCCCAUGGAGGACCACAAGCGCCGGGCGGUGCUGCACAUGGUUAACCGGUCUGGGAAGCCUCUACAGGACUUUGUAGCAGCCAUCGAUGAAGUUGCAGAUGAGCUACAGGCUGCCUACAAUGACCUGGAUGAUGACAAAUGGCGUGGAGCAAACAAGGGUCGCUUCGUGGAGACGAUGGUUAUGGACGGCUGCUUCUUGUUGGAGUGGGCAAGGACAGCAGGAAUCGUAAUAGGCGGAAAUUUUGCUGUUGAUUAUGCGACCAACGACCCCAUUUUCAGUCUUAGAAGCUAUAUAAAAUUGUGGGGAACCAUGAAGAGAGACAUGAUCGCUAUGGAAAACCAACUACCUCUUAUCGUUCUGCAAAGGCUUUUAGCUGUUCAGAGUGGCGAAUUCCCGAAAGCUGCUGAGAUCAACAAUAUGGUGCAACUUCUUUUGGAUGUAGCCCCAUGCUUUGAGGAAGGCAUUGACGAGCUAGGGCUCCACUUCCUAGACAUUUUCCACAAAAGCUACUGUGGCACCCCGCCGCAAUGGGAAGAAUCCGAUCCUGAUGAAUUUGAGCCUCGCACGCCAUGUGCGGUUGAGCUGAGCGAGGCAGGGAUCCAGUUGAAGAAGAGCCGCACUGACAGCAUCCAUGAUGUUGACUUCAAAAAGGGUGUGCUGAGCAUGCCGCUCUUCACGCUGCAUGACGACACGGAGAUAUAUCUCCUCAACCUGAUGGCAUUUGAUAUGCUGCACCCUGGUUCCAAUUUCUACGUGGCGUCGUACAUAUUCUUUGUCGAUAAAAUCAUCGAGUCAGAAAGAGAUGUGGCACUUCUAAGAUCCCAAGGGCUCUUUGCAAACAUGAUAGGCAGCGACAAGAAUGUGGUUAAGAUGUUCAACACCCUCACAACGUUAGCACCGGUACCAUGGAGAGGCAGCAAGCUAGGCUAUGUGAAUUGGAAGGUAAACAGCCACUGCAAGAAGCGACGGAACAGGUGGCGAGCCAGCUUCAUGAACACUUAUCUAAGCAACCCUUGGGUGUUCACCUCCAUGGUGGCUGCCUUCAUCUUACUCGUCGCCGCCCUCCUGCAGACCGUCUAUACGGUUGUCCCGUUCUACACCAGAAAGGGCUAA